GGUGCCUGAUGAUAAAAUAGACCACGAUGUUAUCCAGGAGGAGCUGCCUAAUGCUAAAAUAGACCACACUUCUGUCCAGGAGGAGGUGCCUACUGAUAAGAGAGACCAUGCUGCUGUUCAAGAGGAUUUGUCAUGUGAUAAAAUAGACCUCUCUGGUGUACAAGACGAUGUGUCUUUUGACAGACUAGACCAUAUUGUUAAUAGUUGUAAUGAGAUAUCGAAAGAUGUGACUAUAAAAGAAUCAUGUUUAGAUAAUAAAUUGCUGCCCCAGUCACGUACACAUGAAGCUAUCUCCGAUGAAUCUAAAGCUAUUGAGGCUGAGAAAGUACCAAUACAUAAGGGCGAUCAAAAGAUCGUACGUGAAUUAUCACUACAUUUUAGUGAUGAUAAAGUAACACAUGAAUUACAAAUACAAGAAUGUGAUGAGAAGGUGACAUUUGAAGUACCAAUACCAGAAGAGGAUAUGAAAAUGGUAUUUAAAGUACCAAUACAAGAAUGUGAUGAGAAGGUGACAUUUGAUGUAAGUGUACAGGAAGGUGAUAAGACGGGGGAGUUUGAAGUAUCAAUGCAAGAAGGUGAUGAGGAGGUGGGGUUUGAAGUACCAGCACAAGAAGGUGAUGAUGAGAAUGUAGCUUUUGAAGUAUCAAUGGAAGGAGGUGAUGAGAAGUUGGCAUUUGAAGCAUCAAAUAAAGAGGGUGAUGAGAAGGUGGCUUUUGAAGUAUCAAUGCAAGAAGAUGUUGAGAAGGUAGUAAAUGCCUUACCGGAUCAUGAGGGUAAUGAUUUUGUGACUGAUCAAGCCCCAAUACAUGAGGGUGAUGAGUGUGUAACGAAUCAAGCCCAAAUACAUGACGGUGAUGAGAAAGUGACAUUUAAAGUUCCUAUUCCUGAGGGUAAUGUAAAAGUGCUACAUGAUUUACCAAAAAAAGAGUAUGAUGAUGAUGUGGGGGAUGAAGCCCCAAUACAUGAAGGGGAUGAGUAUAUGACUGAUCAAGCCCAAAUACAUGAUGGGGAAGAUUACGUGACUGAUCAAGGCCAAAUACGUGAGGGUGAUGAGUAUAUGACUGAUCAAAGUCAAAUACAUGAGGGUGAUGAUGAUAUGACUGAUCAAGCCCCAAUACAUGAGGGUGAUGAUUAUAUGACUGAUCAAGUCCAACGCCAUGAGGGUGAUGAGUAUAUGACUGAUCAAGCCCAAAUACAUGAGGGUGAUGAUUAUAUGACUGAUCUAGGUCAACUUCAUGAAGAUAAUGAGUAUAUGACUGAUCAAGGCCAAAUACAUGAGGGUGAUGAGUAUGUGACUGAUCAAGGUCAAAUACAUGAGGGUAAUGAGUAUAUGACUGAUCAAGGCCAAAUACAUGAGGGUGGUGAUUAUAUGACUGAUCAAACCCAACUCCAUGAUGAUGAUGAGUAUAUGAAAGAUCAAGCCCAACUCCAUGAGGAUGAUGAGUAUAUGACUGAUCAAGCCCAAAUAGAUGAAGGUGAUGAGUAUAUGACUGAUCAAGCCCAACUCCAUGAGGAUGAUGAGUAUAUGACUGAUAAAGC